UCCGCGCCAUGGCGGGCGCUGCGGCCCUGCUGCCCUGCCAGCCGCUUCUGCUGCCGCUCCUGCUGCCGCUGCUGCCGCUGCUGCCGGCCGCCAGCGCCGAGCCCCAGCUGCGCUUCAGGCCGCCGGCCGAGGCCCCCGUACGGCUCUUCACCGAAUCCGAGCUGGCCAGAUACGACGGGCACCAGGAAGGACAGCCCAUCUACCUGGCAGUGAAGGGAGUAGUGUUUGAUGUCACCUCUGGAAAAGAAUUUUAUGGAAAAGAUGCCCCAUAUAAUGCUUUGGUUGGAAAAGAUUCAACAAGAGGAGUUGCAAAGAUGUCUCUGGAUCCAGCAGAUCUUACACAUGACACAACAGGACUCACAGAGGAGGAACUGAAGUCCCUGGAUGACAUCUUCAAUAAUGUUUAUAAAGCCAAAUAUCCAAUUGUUGGCUAUACUUCUCGGCGAAUUCUGAAUGAGGAUGGCAGCCCCAAUCUGGACUUUAAACCUGAAGAUCAGCCACAUUUCAGCAUUAAAGAUGAGUUUUGAGGAACAUUUUUGUACCUAGAGGAUGCCUGGGAAAAGGCACAGUAGAAUAUUAAAUUAAUUCCCUGUGUUGUGGAAUUCAUUACUGCAAUUAACUGCCAUGAAUCAUUACUCUGCUCAGAACAUGUGUGUGUGUACACACAUAGCAUAGAGGAAACAAACAGGUCCAUAGUAGUGCCAUUCACCUGGGCUGUUUGCUGGGAAUUUCUGGAAUUAAUUAGCCUGCAAAUUCUUUCUGCCAGGAUUUCUCUGUUAAGAAGUGUACAGUGUAAAAUUGCAUUCCUUAAAAGAGAGAAGAAAGCUUUCAAUAAUUGAAAUAUGACUGGUCUUUUUAUAAAUCCCAAGUCGUUUCCCACUCCUUGGAAAAGUGUGAAUGAAUUAUUUGGACAAGCUAACAUCAGUUCUCUGUGCCUCAUGUGAAUGUAGGUAGCACAAGUAUAGACAGGUGCAAAGAGGCUUACAUUUUAAAAAGCAUUUUGGAAUUUAAUAUUUGAUGAGAUAUGCAGCCACUCAGUCUCCUCAAAUGCAGUUACUGUGGAGUGCUUCUGCAAAGCCUACAGCUGUAAACUGAGAAAAAUAAAUCUUUUUUCCCCCCAUGAGGACUACUGUGACAUUUUAA